AUGGCCCCAUAUUCGGUUCUCAUCACAGGGGCGAAUCGUGGGAUAGGUCUCGGUCUUGUUAAGCAGUUUCUCAAGAAUAAAGAGAUUCAACACGUCAUUGCCACUGCUCGUGAGCCUAGUAGUGCCAAGGUGAGUGUAAUACAUACUUAAUA